AUGGUUAACUGCAUUACUGAGAACAAGAAGCCGAUGAAUGUUACUUAUCCUCGAUGGCUUGGUCGGAUCUUUUCACGAAAAGAAGGCUAUGUUAAUAUUCAUGGGAUUAACAUUCCAAUUCCUACUCUCUCCACAAAAAUAAUUAAUGCUGGUCCAUCUAAGGAGGAUGAUGGUAAUGAUGAUGCUAGUAAUAAAGAAGACAAUGAUGACGAGGAUGAUGAUAAUGAUGAUGCUGGUGAUGAAGAAGAUAAUGAUGGUGAUCCAAAAGUUGGUAAUAAAGAAGGGGCUGAUGAGGAAGAAGACACGAAUAAAGAUGAAGAAGAAUCAGUAGUAGACAUGGGAAAAGACUUCACUCAGAAAAUAAACUCUCCUCGAAGGAUGAACAAGAACACUUGUUUUGAAUCAUCAUCCUCUUCCUCUGAUGAUGAUGUUGCAUAA